GCCCCAGCUUUGGGGUGACACCAGGAUAGGCACGUGCCCUGCACUCCCCGAUUGGGAUGUCCCCCCACCCAGGAACUCUGGCACAUCCCCCGGACCGGGCCCUCCAGAAGGACCAAUGGAGAAGGACGUUGACGGCUGCCUGGAUGGGGCCAAGACAGUGCCAAGCGCCAGUCUGGGCACUGAGGGGACAGAGACACAGCUGGACGGUUUCGUGGGUGCUCACCCGGACUACAAUGAGGAAGAGGAGGAGCAGAAGUACUUUCGUCGCAAGCGCCUUGGUGUCAUCAAGAACGUGGUGGCUGCCAGCCUGGCUGGCACCCUCACUUACAGCGUCUACCUGGGUCUGCUGCAGAUGCAGCUGAUUCUUCACUAUGACGAGACCUACCGGGAGGUGAAGUACAGCAAUAUCCGGUUGGAGGACAUUGACCGCAAGGUGCUGAUGGGCAUCAACGUCACACCCGUGGCAGCGCUGCUCUACACACCCAUCCUCAUCAGAUUCUUUGGCACCAAGUGGGCCAUGUUCCUGGCAGUCGGUGUCUACGCGCUCUUCGUCUCCAGCAACUACUGGGAGCGCUACUACACACUGGUGCCCUCCGCAGUGGCCAUUGGCAUGGUGAUCGUGCCCCUCUGGGCCUCCAUGGGCACCUACAUCAUGCGGAUGGCCCAGAAGUACUAUGAGUACAUUAACUACAAGGAGGAGCAGGAGAAGGAGAGGCAGCGAGCACCGCGGGACACCUGCAAUACCUACAUCAUCGUCUUCCAGACCAUCUUCUACUCCUGCUUCCAUUUGAGCUUCGUCUGCGCUCAGAUGCCCAUGGUCUUCUUCCUCAACAACUACCUCUACCAACUCAACCACACACUCUUUGCAGUGAAGCACUGCGGGACCCUGAGCCAUGGCACACUGCCUGGUUUCAACAAGACGGUGCUGCAGAGCCUUCCCCGCAGCGUCAACCUCAUCAUCGUGGAGAGCGGGUUGAUGGCCACCGCCUUCCUCGCCAUGCUGGUGGUGCUGGUGCUGUGCGGCGCGGCGUACCGGCCCAUGGAGGAGAUCGACAUGCGCAGCAUCGGCUGGGGCAACAUCUUCCAGCUGCCCUUCAAGCACAUGCGGGACUAUCGCCUGCGGCACCUCUUCCCACUGUUCAUCUACAGCGGCUUCGAGGUGCUCUUUGUCUGCACUGGAUUCUCCCUGGUAGGAUCUGCGAUGGGGUGGGAGGUGACGGAGCGGGGACAGGUGAUGUUGAGCCCAUGUUCGCUGCAGAACUACGGCGUGUGCGCCCUCGGGCUGGAGAGGCUGGCGUAUCUCCUCAUGGCCUAUGGCUUCUCCGCCUCGGUGUGCUCCAGCCUGGCCCUGUGCAUGCUGCGCCUGCGCCGGCACAUCCCGCUCCUGGCUGGAGCCUUCAUCCACGCUGUGCUCCUGGUGACGCUCUUCUGCUGGGCACCGGAGCCCCGGUACCUGGCACAGGCACCGCUGCUCUACAGCAUUGCUGCGCUCUGGGGCACAGGCAGUGCCCUCAACAAGACCGGAAUCAGCAUCCUCCUAGGGAUGUUGUACAAGAAAAAGGAGCGUCAAGACUUCAUCUUCACCAUCUACCACUGGUGGCAGGCCCUGGCUAUAUUCACUGUCUACCUGUGGUCAGGGCUGCCCAUGAAGGCCAAGCUGUCCAUCAUGCUGCUGACGCUGGUGGUGGCAGUGGGGACAUACCUGUGGAUGGAGCGGAAGGUGGCGUGGAACGUGGAAGUCCGGCUGCCCCGCAUCCCACGCCCACGCCACAAAACACGUGGAUACCGCUACUUGGAGGACAACUCUGAUGAGACUGGCUCUGAUGGUGACGGGGACAAGGAGGAUGAUGACAGGCACCCAACUGAGGCCACCACGGAGGAUGAGCUGCCAAAAGAGGAUGGGCAGCAGCUGGGAUAGGGACAGCCUGUCCUGCGCCCUAUCCUGCUCUUGGUACCUGAGGGGGUUCCCCAGCUCCCCCCGGGUGGGCCCAGAAUUCUGCAAACCCCCUCAGGUCAGGCUUGCAGCCCCCCAAGCUAAGCCUCAAGCCCCCGGGCAGCCCAGAUCCCCUCACAUUGGCUGACAGACCCCACACUGGCCCAUGGACCCCCCCUAGGUCAGGUCCACAGCCUCCAGAUUGAUCUACAGCCCCCAAAUUGAAGUACAGAGACCCCUGGUUUGUGGUACAGCCCCCAGGCAGGCCCACAGCCCCCCAAAUUAUGAUGUAGCUGCUCAGGUCAAACCUGCAGGCCCCCAUGCCAGCCCCAGAGCCCCCACACACAAAUCCACAGCCCCUCAUACAAGGCUCACGCCCCCCAGACAGAUCCAUGCCCCCCCCAAAUUUGGCCAAAGCCCCUCCGGGUGAGGUCCACAGACCCCUGAGCAGAUGCACAUAGCAGAUGCACAUACUCUCUAGCAAGGCUUGCAGCCCCCCACAAUGUCCUGCAGACCCCAGGCAGACCCCCAGCCCUCCCGUAUUAGCCUGCAUCCACACCUCCAGACCCCGCAGGGCUACCCUGGAGCCCCCAGGCAGAUCGACACCCUCCCAAACUGGCUCACAGCCCUUCAGACCAGACCCACACGCGCCCCAGGCAGACCCUGCAGCCCCUCCUAGGUUGUCCUGGAGCCCUUCUAGCUCAGCCCGCAGCCCCCUAGGCCGGCCCCGCAGCCUUCCCGACCUAUCCCAUCCCCGUUUUCCUUCAAUAAACCCCCUCCCUCCGUGCCCUUGG